ACAGCUCGCUGAGUAAGCGCUGAGCGUGUCAGGAGCUCUUUCUGUCAACAGAUACUCAGUCAAACUUUACCCACGGCGUCAGCAGGUAAAUAGCGGUGCGUGAAAAAAUUGAUACACUCUCUAAAUUUGCAUCUACAUCUAGUCUCACAUAUUUUAAGGAGGAUAUAACAGUUCUGAAAAGAAUAUGUCAAAAAUAUUAACAAUAUGUGGAGUUGCCAAAUCACUGAGGCUGGGAUGGAGAAGCUGGAGAUCAUCGACGCGGCUGCUCAGCUUGAAGGCUCAGACUGCACACCUGGUGCUCGAAGAUGGCACAAAGAUGAAGGGCUACUCCUUUGGCCAUGAUCAGUCUGCAGCUGGAGAGCUGGUCUUCAACACAGGACUAGUUGGAUACCCUGAAGCUCUUACAGACCCCAGUUACAGGGGGCAGAUCCUGACCCUCACCUACCCUAUCGUGGGAAACUAUGGUGUCCCCAAUACACAGGAGCUGGAUGAGCUGGGACUCAAGAAAAAUGUGGAGUCUGAUCGGAUUCAGGUGUCAGGAUUGCUGGUUCAGGAUUAUAGUGCUGAGUACAGCCACUGGAACUCUGUGAAAUCCUUAGCACAGUGGCUUCAAGAGGAGAAGGUGCCAGCACUUUUUGGCAUAGAUACCAGGAUGCUGACAAAGAUCAUUAGAGAUAAGGGUACUGUUUUGGGGAAGAUUGAAUUUGAUGGACAGCCAGUGGAGAUCACAGACCCAAACCAGAGAAAUCUUGUUUCUGAGGUCUCAACCAAGGAUAUUCAAGUGUUUGGGAAAGGUAACCCCGUCAAAGUGGUUGCUGUUGACUGUGGAAUCAAACACAACAUUAUAAGACUACUCGUCAAGCGUGGAGCAGAGGUCCAUUUAGUGCCGUGGGACCAAGACCUGAUGAGUUUGGAGUAUGAUGGUCUCUUCAUUUCCAAUGGUCCAGGAGAUCCUUCACUGGCAAAGACCCUGAUUCAAAAUGUUCGCAAGGUACUGGAAAGCGACCGUCCACAGCCAGUUUUUGGUAUUUGUAUGGGAAAUCAAAUUACAGCCCUUGCGGCUGGUGCUCAGUCUUAUAAACUACCAAUGGGAAACAGGGGCCAAAACCAGCCUGUUGUCAAUGUGAUGACAGGCCAGGCUUUCAUCACAGCUCAGAAUCAUGGGUAUGGCAUAGACAGCGAGUCUCUUCCUCCAGGCUGGAGUCCUCUCUUCAUCAAUGCAAAUGAUGGAACCAAUGAGGGUAUUAUGCAUAACACCAAGCCUGUGUUCACAGCACAGUUCCACCCUGAGGCCAAGGGAGGACCCACAGACACAGAGUUCCUGUUUGAUGCUUUCAUCUCUCUGAUAAGGAAGGGGAGGGAGGGGAGCAUCGCAUCCGUGAUGCCUAAGAAACCUGCUGUUCCUCCCAGAAUCCAGGUAUCCAAAGUACUGGUCUUGGGAUCUGGAGGCCUGUCCAUUGGUCAGGCUGGAGAGUUUGACUACUCUGGAUCUCAGGCUGUCAAAGCUAUGAGGGAGGAAAACCUGCAAACGGUGCUGAUUAACCCUAACAUUGCCUCAGUGCAGACUAAUGAGGUUGGCACCAAGCAAGCAGACUCCGUGUACUUUCUGCCUGUCACUCCAGAGUUUGUGACACAGGUGAUCAGUGUAGAGCGACCCGACGGUAUCCUGCUCUCCAUGGGAGGACAGACAGCUCUCAACUGCGGCGUGGAGCUCUUUCAGAGUGGCGUCCUGGAGAAGUAUGGAGUGAAGGUUUUGGGCACACCUGUGGAGUCCAUCAUGGCCACUGAGGACAGGCAGCUCUUUUCAGACAAACUAAUGGAAAUCAAUGAAAAGAUUGCACCCAGUUUCGCUGUUAAAACGGUGGCAGAUGCGUUGAAGGCAGCAGAUGAGAUUGGCUAUCCUGUCAUGCUGAGAUCAGCUUAUGCCCUGGGUGGGCUUGGCUCCGGCCUGUGUGCUAAUAAAGAGAAGCUAGAGGACACCGCUCACAAGGCCUUAGCUAUGAGCAGCCAGAUCCUGGUGGAAAAGUCUCUGCUGGGCUGGAAGGAAGUGGAAUAUGAAGUGGUGAGAGAUAUUGCUGAUAACUGUGUCACAGUCUGCAAUAUGGAGAACUUUGACCCACUGGGCAUCCACACAGGUGACUCCAUUGUGGUUGCACCGAGUCAGACUCUGUCCAAUGAGGAGUACCACAUGCUGAGAGAGACCGCUAUUAAGGUGGUGCGUCAUCUGGGUAUUGUGGGAGAGUGUAAUAUCCAGUACGCUCUGCACCCAUCCUCCCUGGAGUACUGUAUCAUUGAGGUCAAUGCUCGCCUUUCCAGAAGCUCAGCGCUGGCGUCCAAAGCCACAGGCUACCCAUUAGCAUUCGUAGCUGCUAAACUAGCACUGGGCAUCCCUCUGCCAGAGAUAAAGAACGCUGUUUCGGAGCAGACCACUGCCUGCUUUGAGCCCAGUUUGGAUUACAUUGUCACCAAAAUUCCUCGCUGGGAUCUGGACCGCUUCCACGGAAUGUCUCGAGAGAUCGGCAGCGCCAUGAAGAGUGUUGGAGAGGUCAUGGCAGUCGGCCGAAGCUUCGAGGAGAGCAUCCAGAAGGCUUUGCGGAUGUGCCAUCCCUCAGUGGACGGCUUUGUACCACGUCUGCCUCUGAAAAAAGCCUGGGCAGAGCAGCAGGACCUGCAGCGAGAGCUUUCCAUGCCUUCAAGUACUCGUAUUUUCUCUCUUGCUCAGGCCCUACACAGUGGUGUGACCGUUGAUCAGAUCCAUGACCUGACUGCCAUAGACAAGUGGUUCCUGCACAAACUCAAGCACAUUACUGAGAUGGAGCAGCGUCUGGGUCAGUAUAAAAGUGCCACAGUGCCGAGAGAUCUACUACUGAAGGCCAAGAUGGAUGGUUUCUCAGACCGUCAGGUUGGUCAGGCAAUGGACAUCUCAGAGGGAGAAGCUCGAGUGCUGAGGCUAAACCAGAACAUCCGACCUUGGGUCAAACAGAUCGAUACACUUGCUGCUGAAUACCCUGCAGCCACCAACUAUUUAUAUUGCACUUACCAUGGUCAGGAGCAUGAUUUGGAUUUUAAGGACCAUGGCACCAUGGUUGUUGGUUGCGGUCCAUAUCACAUCGGCAGCAGUGUGGAGUUUGACUGGUGUGCCGUGUCAAGCAUUCGUGCCCUCAGACAGAUGGGCAAGCGUACAGUGGUGGUGAACCAUAACCCGGAGACGGUCAGUACGGACUUUGAUGAGUGUGACCGUCUGUACUUUGAGGAAUUAACCCUGGAGCGCAUCCUGGACAUCACACAGCAGGAGGGCUGCACCGGCUGUAUUGUAUCUGUGGGUGGGCAGAUCCCCAAUAAUCUGGCCAUGCCCCUGCACCUGAACGGGGUGAAGAUUCUAGGAACUAACCCUGCUCAAAUUGAUCGUGCUGAAGAAAGAUCUGUAUUCUCUUCCAUACUGGAUGAUCUGGGUGUUGGCCAGGCACCGUGGAGGGCUCUCAGCUCACUGGAAGAUGCGGUUUCGUUUGCCAGUAAUGUGGGCUACCCUUGCCUCCUGAGGCCAUCCUACGUCCUAAGUGGCUCAGCUAUGAAUGUGGUUUACGGUGAGGAUGAGAUGAAACGUUUCCUGGAGGAAGCCACACAGGUUUCACAGGAUCAUCCUGUGGUCAUCACCAAAUUCAUCCGAGGUGCCAGAGAGGUGGAGGUUGAUGCGGUGGCCAGGAUGGGCAAGGUUCUGGCUCAUGCUAUCACAGAGCAUGUGGAGGAUGCAGGAGUGCACUCAGGAGACGCCACACUCAUGCUGCCCACCCAGACCAUCAGCCAGGGGGCUCUGGAGAAGGUGAAGACUGCGACUCAGAAAAUUGCAAAGGCGUUUGAGAUUUCGGGGCCAUUUAACACUCAAUUUUUAGUAAAAGGCAAUGAUGUAAUGGUGAUCGAGUGUAACCUGCGCGCCUCUCGAUCCUUUCCUUUCGUUUCUAAAACUAUCGGUGUGGACUUCAUUGAUGUGGCCACCAGGGUGAUGGUGGGGGAGCGGAUGGAUGAGUCUCGUCUGCCCUCUCUCGAAAACCCAAUCAUUCCAGUGGAUUUUGUUGGCAUUAAGGCUCCAAUGUUUUCAUGGCCUCGGCUGAGAGAAGCAGACCCUGUCCUGCGCUGCGAGAUGGCCUCUACUGGAGAGGUGGCUUGCUUUGGACCGAACAUAUACUCUGCCUUCCUGAAGGCCAUGCUUUCUACAGGAUUCAAGCUUCCCCAGAAGGGGAUUCUCAUUGGGAUACAACAUUCAUUCAGGCCCAACUUUCUGUCCACUGCUCAUCAGCUUCAUGAGGAGGGCUUUAAGCUGUAUGCCACAGAGGGAACAUCAGCUUGGCUCAAUGCUAAUGAUGUUCCAACAAUCCCGGUUGCCUGGCCGAGCGUUGAAACCAAUACCACACACUUACCCAGCAUCAGCAGACUUAUCAGUGAAGGACACAUUGACCUUGUGGUCAAUUUGCCAAAUAACAACAGCAAGUUCCUCAAAGACAACUUCCAGAUCCGUAGAAUGGCAGUGGAUUACGGAGUACCUCUUAUCACAAACUUCCAGGUAGUAAAGCUGUUUGCAGAAGCUAUCAGGUAUUCAAGUGAGUUAGACGCCACCAGCCUGUUCCACUACCGCCAACGCGAGCCCAGACUGUCAGAGAGCUGCACUGCGUGGUUAACUUCUAAUCUGGAAAACAGGCAGGAGACUCAAAGUUAAAAGUUACCUGAGGUGCUGUUAUCCAUCAGGGGCAGGUUGAACAGAUACAAGCGCUUUUACAACCAUGAAUCUCACUUGACAGGCUUUUUCUGCAGGCCCACUCAAGACACUAGUUCAAAUUUCAAGAUCUACACUUUGUAGCAACUUUUCUAUAUAUUAUAUAGUUCUAGCAUUUCUAUCAUUUUUGCAUUUUAAUGUUUGUGAAAAUAUCUCUUCUGGCCAUUAAGGUGGAUUAGUUGGUUGGCCUUUUAUGUUUCAGUUUAGUUUGAAGCAAUCUUGAGUUUUAGGUAACGUGAAGGCAGCCUGACUUUAAUCACUCUUUGUGGACGUGGUAUUAUGGAGCAGUUAAGCUACCUUUAUGUUACCUAAAACCUGUAUUGGUGUAAACUUAGUGAAAGUGAAGCAGUCAGUAAAGUUGACAUUAUUUUGUAAAUUGGUUUCUACUUUGAUGAAAUAUAUAUUACCAACUGGGUUAAAUUAGGCUUUGCAGUCCUCGUGUUCAGUUUAUUACUUCCGUUGUAUCUAUUCAGCUGAGUGAACAGAUCCAAUCCCGUGACGUCAGACACAGCGAUAUUCAAAGAUGGUGGUGCCCUAGCUCUAAAAACUAUAGUAAAACAUGCCCUUUUCUACAAAAUGCUUACAUUAAUCAAGUUUGUUUAAUAUUUUUUAUUAAAGUAGAAAUCAACUUACAAAAUAUUGUAAACUUGACUGACUGCUUUACUUUCACUUUAACUGGCUAACCUGCUAAUCUGGCUUCAUGGUACAGGCCUCAACUCAAUAAGGGUGAAUUAAUCUGAUAAACACUCAAAAACAAUAUUUGCUGCUUGCUCAAACUAUCUAUUUAAAAUGAGCUGAAUCAACACAAUUCUUUAGACAACUUAAUUGUUUUAUGGUUAGUCCACUUAAAUUAAAAACAGUUAGGUUAACUUAAUCAAAAUGAAAGAUUGUGUUGAACAUUUGUUUACAAUGAAAAAAUGCAGUAAAAAAACAAUAACAAUAACAAAACAAUGAUAUUACUGUAAUUCAAAAUAACAUUUCUGUUUUCAUAGAUUUUAAAAUGUAACUUAUUUCUGUGAUUCAAAGAUGUAUUUUCAGUAACCAUUUCUACAGUUUUCAGUGUCACAUGAUCCUUGAUUAAUGCUUUAAAGAUUUUUAUUAUUAUCGAUUUUAAAAACAGUUGUACUGCUUAAUUUUUUGUAUCCAAUAAAGGACCCAAAAUAUGUA